CCCUGAGGCGGAUAUCCCUGGUUGUAGCCUUGUUGAGGGUAACCGCCCUGCUGGUAGUAGUCUUGCGAUGCGCCCUGGUGGUAGGGACCGGCGUCGUGGGUCGGAGGGGGGUAGGACGGAGGAGGCUGGUCCUAUGGUUCAAUAUCGGUCAGUUGUGUAGUGAGACGUGGCGAGAAGGUUGACUCAACGUACAGGUUUGUUGUAAGACAUCUUUAAUAAGGAGACAGUCGCAAGUCUUCCAGACGCGAUGAUCAGUGAUUAUGCGUUCUUCUGUUCCAGUAAGGAAUGCCUGACGGCGCAGUUUUAGGCUUCUGGUAGGAAUGACAGUCUUUUCUAUGAUGCGGAAUGUGCGGAGAGGCAAAAGAGGGGAGGUGAUGGAUGUGAGGAGAAAAAGUCGGGAAAAGAGACGAGAAGAAGCGCCGAGCGAAACCAACGAUUGAUGGCAGCUUGGCGAGUGGUCCGGAUUAGGCAACCGGCUAUGUCGGUCUACGCGGGCGGAAUUGGGGAUGUUGGGGAGGACAAAGAUGUCGUGCAGAUGCCAACUACUUGGCUUAGGUGUCUACAGUCUCGUGGUGCCAGAGGAAACACACAAACAUUGGAGUGUUUCUGUCACACAGCGUCUUCUUUCAUCCGAGUUGCUGAUGAAGCGAAAGACAGACAUGCAGAGGAAGGAAGGUUCGAGGCAGACGACCAAAAAGUCGAGGAGAAUGACGAGAGCACCUCUGAAAAAGGCUCUCCCAGCAGUGACGCUGCUGGCAACGUUAGUCAAAUCACAGAGGUUCGACAAGAUGAUGAAUCACCGGUUAUCAGCAACACUGCUGCACGCCACCGACAACAAACAACCAACCAGGCGGUUUCUGUCCACAAAGCUCUCUGGGAUAAGGCCUAUAGUAACCUCAAAAAUGACCCGGAAAAGGCAGAAUACGUCUCGGGGUACGAGGAACUGCUUGCGAAGGUAUUUUUGAACCAAUCCACGGCCGAGAAAGCAGUCCGAACGAACGAGUCUUCUCAACACCUCGGAGAAGAACAAAUGAAAAAAGUGGUCGAAGAAGGCCUUGCGAGAAUUGAGAAAUACAAGAGAGCUAUUGAGCAUUCGGAGAGCACUGUCAAUGUAAUUAAGCAGGUCAAAGCCAUUCUUGACAUUCCUCUGAAGAAUGUCUCUCAGACUGCACUGCCGUGGGCCGUCAUCUCAUCAAGCGUCGAUAUACUGCUUAAGCCAGUCAGUGUGGGAGCAGCUCUCUACAACGGCGUAGCAUAUGCGAUUUCCAGAAUCGAGUGGUACUCAAAGUUGACUAACAAACUCCUAUGCGCGGACAGCAUAAAAGAUGAAAAGUCGCUACACGGGAUACGAGAGGACAUAGCUGGGCGAAUCACGUCGUUAUACGAGUCACUGUUGUUCUACCAGAUCAAGAGCGUCUGUUUCUACUACAAAAAGUAUCAGCUCUUAGUGUGGGCCCGCGGGUUGCUGGAGCUGGACGAUUGGAGUGGCGAUUUAAAACAUAUUCAAGAGGCAGAAGAUGCUCUUGCCAGAGAUUGCGCGCUUUUUGACAUGGAAUACAUGAAGGGUCAAAUGAAAGCGAUGAUCAUGGACACCAAGACAGCGGAAGACUCCCAGGAGUUUCAGAAGCGUCUGCAGGCUAUACGCCGCGUGGAUCCGCAGGCUACUGUAAAAACCAUCGAAAGCUUAAAAGAGAGUGUCAUGGAUGAUCUAUAUACUUGGAUUUUUGAUACUGAGCAAUUCAAGGAUUUUAUGUGUUGGGAAGAAAACGCGCCUAGACGACUGUGGAUCAGUGGGCAGGCUGGAACUGGAAAGACAAUGCUUUCAAUAGGGACUAUAAGAGAACUGCAAACACGUGGCCUCAGGCAGCCAGAGCCCCCCACGAUCCUUUACUUCUUCUGCCAACACACAGAUGCAGAUUUGAACAACGGGGUUGCAGUACUUCAGAGCCUUGUGUGGAUGCUUCUUCGACAACAGCCCCACCUAAGCUCACAUCUUGACGAGCAAUUCUCUCAUUCAGGACAAAAGUUUAUGAGUGAUUCCAAUUCAUUCGCUACGUGGUGUGAUCUUUUGACAAGUAUGCUGAUAGAUUCAGCUCGUGUCGUUAUUGCCGUCGACGCUGUUGAUGAAUGUGAGGAAGGUUCGCGCAAGCAACUAUUGCGAUUUUUGAGCGGCAUGAUUGCGAAGGAAAGGAUGUCUCACGUCAAAUGGUUCAUUACCAGUCGGCCUCUAUUGGAUAUUCCAGACAGCAGAUUUGAGACAACACUACGUUACCAUACGCUUCUGACGCUGGAUGAUCAGAAUCUCAAUCCCUGGAUAAACUCUUACAUUGAUCGAAAGGCUCAGGCGCUUCGGAACAAAGCUAAGAAUCAAGAGCGCGUUCAAAGGAUUAAAGAUCAUUUACGUGAACGAGCCAGCAACACGUAUAUUUGGGUUUCUUUGGUGUUCGAGGAGUUAGAGAAUGCACCCGAGGCCCGGUGGCAGAAAAUCAUUGAAGAUACCCCACGUCAGCUGAAUGAGUUAUACACUUAUCUGCUCAGGCAACUGCCCUGGUCAGAAUGUAAAACCGUUCUGUGUGUUGCAAUGGUGGCACGCCGGCCUUUGUCUUUAUGGGAAAUUGAGCAACUUACGGAAAUGGAAACAGGUGUCAAUGCAGGAAGGGACUAUGUAACUGAGUGCAGGUCGUUCCUGAGUAUUCGUGGCGAGACAGUGUAUUUCAUCCACCAGUCUGCUCAGGACUGGCUACUCUUGAACCAGCACCAGCUUUGGGAUGGAUCUCCUCAAAACGCUGAGGUUUUCAAGAAGAGCACCCACCGUGAAAUUCUGGAAAACUCAUUGAAAGGAAUGAUGGAGACUUUGAAAGAAAAUAUAUAUCAGCUUCCUCAUUAUGGUGUCUUAUCAGAAGAGGUGGAGACUCCCUCACGAGACCCACUUGCUGCAAUUCGCUAUUCCUGUCAAUACUGGGCUUACCACCUCAAGGAAGGUGAGCUUAUGACAGAUAUUGACAUGCUUGGCUUUUUACGUCAGCGCUUUCUUCACUGGCUGGAGGCGUUGGCCUUGAUGAGAAUCAUGCCCGAAACAGUGGGAAUUAUUGACAUGUUGAGCUCCACGCCCGCAAUGAAGUCUGAUUCUGAAAUACGCGAAUUUUUGCUGGAUGCAAAGCGAUUUGUCUGGAGGCACCAACAAUCGAUUAUGACCGCACCACUCCAAGUCUACGUAUCUGCGCUUAUAUUUACACCAAAGGCCAGCUUAGUGCGAGAUACAGGAAGUAUCCCGAAAUGGAUCGACCAGGGACCAAGCUUGGAAGAGGAUUGGGGGCCUCUUUUACAAACCUUCCCAGUUUCUAUGCGUGCUCUUUUUGAAAAGUGCUCUGUCUCCUGGUCACCUGACGAUCAAUUAAUUGCAGGCUUCCCAAAAGGAGAAUUGAGGAUAUGGGAUGCAGGAACAGGAAAAAUGGUCAGGAAAAUUGAUGUUGAGGAAGAUUUCAGGCCGGAGCUUAAUGGCAUGCUGAAGAAAGAUGUGCCUCCCGUCACCUUCACCCCAGACGGUCAAUUGUUGCUUGCACUAAUACUGCAUAAAGUGUACAUUUGGGAUACAGCUACAUGGGAAGUCUCGCAUAUAGUAGAAUGCCCAGAUGCUAUAAAGAGAUUUGCAGUAUCUCCCAACAGCCAGUUACUGGCUUGCUUCCAAAUUGGCGGAAAAAUAUACCUAUGGCAGAGAAACGGCAACUUGUGGACUCUGAAGUGGACAUACCAGAGCCCAUUGGCAAGUCCGAAAUAUGAGCUACUAGCACCGUCGGGUCUGUCGUUCUCAUUUGAUAACCGCUUACUCGCUUCUACUAUACAUCAUAAUAGCAUAGGGUUUUUGGACACUGAACUCGGCCAAUUACAGGAAGAAGUCGUGCAUGAGGGGGUAACUGCAAUCAAGUUUUUUAGGGACGGCAAACUUUUGCUACAGACAGUUAGGACUGUCGAGAUAUGGCGGCAAAGAGACAAGUGGGAAUUGGACUGCAAAAUCGAUUUACGAUGGUCGGUCAAUUUCCUUGCAGUAUCUCCCGAUGGCAGGUUUAUAGCACUGGCACAAGCUGAUUCGAAUAUACAUGUGGUAGAGACAGAGGAGGGUGUGGUGGUGCAAACUCUGGGGGGUCACACAGACGCGGUUGACGAUUCAGCCUUCUCUUCAGACAGCCAAUUCCUUCUGUCCAGUGGAACCGAUAAUCGUGACCAUAAAUCGAUCAAAGUAUGGAGAAUUGUACCUGGAAAGCUUCACGAAGCCCCAUUAGAACGACAUGGACGGAUUACAAGGGUGGCACUUUCUGCGGAUGGUUCCCGAUUCGUGACAGCAAGAUUUGGAGGUGUGAUCGAAACAUGGAAUGGAGAUACAGGAGAGCAUCAAAGAACAUUCGAGGCACCUGAUGAUCAUCGGUUUUUCGACGUGACUGUUUCGCCAGACAACAAGCUGGUGGCAUGGCUAUCUUACGACGGGCUCCUCAUGGUGUGGAACGCAGAGACGGGACAGACUAUUGCGAUGCAAUGGAAAAGACUGCCAGGUCGGAACGGUUUUGCGAAAGUUCAGUCUCAAUUCUCUUCCCACAGUAAACUGCUGGGCUGGGUAGACCACACGGGGACUGUCCGGAAUGAGCCCACCAUGAGUGAGGAAGUUGAAUGCAGUCCAGAAGAUUGUCCCUCUCACAAUGAUGUCGCGCAUACUCCAAUGAUAACCAUCAUAAAAGACUGGGUGGUCUUAGGGGAGCAGAGAAGCAUCUGGUUGCCCCCGGAAUAUCGGCCUCUGCACGAUAAACGCUGGGAUGCUCAAAGCAAUGUACUAAUUGUUGCACCUGAAUCUGGCAGCAGGCCUUACUCCAUUCGGUUCAAUCCACACAAGAUGUCAGCUGGGCAAUUGCAACAUGACGAUGCUGGGAAAGAUUCUGAUGUCGGCUAUUCAAGUGGCUUGUCCCUUUACUCUUUUAAUGACGAAGAUGAAAGCGAUGGUUCAUGA